CCAACGUUGACUCCGAUUGGCUCCCGUUUGAAACCCGAAGGAGUGAUUGGUUACAUCGCCUGUCAAUCAGAGGGACUGUACUGCCUUUGAAGUUUGAGGCGGAUGGAACGUUGGAUCUCACUGCUGCGCUCUGAUUGGCUCCGGCGGAGUUUGAAUGUUUGGCGAGGCGAUGCAGCUGGCGCAUUCAGACGUGGCUCUUCGCAUCCAGGGCGGCAGCUCAGCCUGGGUGGUUUGAGCAGGAUCGUCCCGGAGAAAGUCUGCUCUGGAUACCAAUCCGAAGCUGAGCUUCUGCCUUUCUAGUACUUGCAUCUGCCAUAAAGAGUCUCGGCUCACGGGGACUGGUUCGCACGACACGUGAGCAACGGAUUCAGUGAUUUCCUGAUCUGUUUGUCUUUCUCAAACAAUUCAGGCGAAUGACAAAUGAAGACAUAGUUUAGCUUGGAACUGCAGAAAAUGGCUAGAGUUAAGCGACGGGGCCAAAAAUGGAGACCCAGAACAAAAUCCUCAUCAAAGGGAAAAAAACAUACUGAGUUUCCAUCUUCAUCUCUUCUUCCUUCAAAAGCUUUGCCUCCAAACAGGUCUCCAGUUAUUCUCCAUAGCCAAAGACGGCCUUUCUGUUCCAGGCUUUUAGCUUUUGGGGACACAUUAGAAACUCCCAAGCAUGUUCUGGCUGCGGCGGUUAGCUGGUGUUGGUGGUGCCAAAGACACGUUGCACACAUAUUCCGCGUCUUUGUGAACGCAGCCUUUCCUUCGCACACAUUCCGGGAGGAGCUGAAGACGCUCAGGGCUGAAGUCAAAAACCUGGAAAGGGAGGUGGCUAAGCUGCGGUCAAUUCUCCAAAAUGAAAGUACGGCAGCGUCCGCGGGAAGCCCGCCUUGCCAGCUGUCUCCAAACCUAUUAUCACCUUCUCCUGCACAUACACAGCUCGGUGUCACACAACCCUCACCGUUGUCUUCGCAAAAGCUAGAGAUUCCCACUCCGCCGCCACCGCCGCCCCCUCCGCCCCCUCCACCACCCCCGGCACCAGCAUCCCUCGGUUUCAAAAGACGGAGUGACACAAAGCCUGUCCCGUUGAAAAAGGACGUCCCGCUACAAAUAACACCCCAGGAUCUUCUGAACGUUAAACUGAAGAAGACUAAGAGCGAACCAGGGAUGGAUAAGAAAAUGUCCCCAUUCAAGGGAGGCAAGGUAAUUUCUCUCCAGGACCUGCAGAGCGUCCGUCUCCAAUCCAAAGCUCCCCAGCCACUUCCUCGCCUUACAAAUCUUCUCAAUACUCCCAGCAAAGACGGUUUAGAUUUCCGAAAACACUUGAAAAAAGUGGCUAUUGAAAGGAGUCCAGGGGGAACACCAAUGAACAACAAAGAAAACAUUGAGACAGGCACAGGGCUGACGCCACUCAUGACCCAGGCUCUCCGGCGGAAAUUCCAGCUGGCUCACCCAAAUAGUCCAUCUCCUUCAUGCCUACCUACGAGAAACAGUUUCGAGGAACAGAACUAGGAAGAUCUCCUGGUGGUCUCCACAAAUGUCUACAAUGGAUACAUUGCGCUGCUUGAGGGAACAAUAUGGAUGGAGAAGGAAGAAUUUGCUUGGCAAAGCUUUUCACAUGCUGGAAUUGGUCUCUUUCCCUCCCUCCAGUUUUUUUAGAAAAAUAUUCUGUAACAAUACAUUGCUGAAAAAACUCUUUUGAAAACAUAUCCAGAUCUUAUCUUCUCAUGCACCUGGGCAUUCAAAACCUCCUUUAAUGAAGCAGCUUUGACUUUAAAGCAGGGGUCUUCCAACUUGGCCCUUUGAUGACUUGUGGACUUCGACUCCCAGAAUUCCUCAGUCGGCCAUUUUGAUGAAACUGCGGCCUUGGAUCCAGACGAGGGGUCUUCCAACUUGGC